AUGGAUUCUGGUUCUAAAAAGAGGGAAGCCAAUAUAAUGAUUGAAGAAGCUAAAUGCAUGGUAAGAAAGGAAGAAUUUAAAUCUGCAAAAAUGAAAAUAGAAGAAGCCAUCAAACUUUUUCCCUCAAUCACUUAUGGCAAACAAAUGAUAACUGUUUGCAAGAUUCUUUACUAUUCGAAAGAGUUCCCAAGUGUAAGAUUUGCUGUUAGAGCUCUGCGUAAUGCUAUGCCUAUAUACGUUCAUGAUAAAUCAAGCAGCAGCAGCAGCUCCGGUGGGAAACGUAAGUUGCUACUUUCAGAUGACAGUGAUAUUGAUGAUAAUUGCGCAACUGAUGAUGAUGCUUCGGAUGAUGAUUUAAUUGCUUCUCGGUCCCAUGAUUUUAAAACGCUGCGCAGGCAAAUAUUUAGUGUUUUACCGCAAAAUCCGCAUUAUCAGCCACUUUCAAAAUACUGUCCUAGUGUUCAACAAGAAAUGAAAUCAGGAUUUGAUGUGAUUUUCGUAAAACUAACUCAAAAAAUACAGGAAUUAGGUGAUACUCCUGAGUUUCUGACACACGAGGAAGAAAUCAAGGCAGAAAUAUGUAAUCUUGAAGAUAUGGGCUAUGACGUUAAAAAGGUGAAGGACAGAUUUAAUUUGUUGGUGACACUUGCUAAAGAAGAUCAAGCUAUAGAGAAACAAUUGAACGCUCCAAGCAGUGAUGAAAUGGUGCAACUGCGAAGGAUUCAGUUUCGAAUUUCUGAAUUAGAGAAAGAAAAUGAAUCGUCCAAAGCUCAUCGUAAUACUCUGAAAUCGGAAAUUGCUGCUCUAAAGUCUAAGCAGGAUAAACAAGGAAGUUGGUAUGAGAAAUGGCGUAAACAUAACUCCAUUGGAAUGGAAUUAUGGAAAUGA